CUCCAGUCAAAGCGGCCCUGCAGAAGAGUGAGAGACGGAGAGGGAAACAGCAAGCCCGCAGCCAUGAGUUUGGUAGCGAACGAGGAUUUCCAGCACAUUCUGCGUAUCCUGAACACCAAUGUCGAUGGGAAGCAGAAGAUUAUGUUCGCUCUCACCUCCAUCAAGGGUAUCGGCCGUCGAUUCGCCAACAUCUGCUGCAAAAAAGCUGAUAUUGACAUGAACAAAAGGGCUGGUGAACUUUCUUCAGCUGAGAUUGACAACUUGAUGACUGUUGUUGCGAACCCUCGCCAGUUCAAGGUUCCUGACUGGUUCCUUAACAGGCAGAAGGACUACAAGGAUGGUGGCUAUUCUCAGGUUGUGUCCAAUGCAUUGGACAUGAAGCUCAGGGAUGAUCUUGAGCGAUUGAAGAAAAUUAGGAAUCACCGUGGUCUUCGUCACUACUGGGGUCUUCGUGUACGUGGACAGCACACUAAGACAACUGGACGUAGGGGAAAGACUGUUGGUGUCUCAAAGAAGCGUUAAGAUUGAUUACACCUGUGAUAUUUCAUGUUCUGUUCUAAAUUUUGUUUUCAUAUACAAUGAUGUGGUCUUUAGCAUGUAGUACAUGUUUCUUGAGACUGAGCUUUUUAGGGGUUCAAUGAAGGCAGACCUUAUCUUUUCUGUUUUGCUACAUUAUUGAAUGAUUCUUGUGAACUUAAUAGAUCCUUGAGUGUUUUUGGUUUCUUGUGA